AUGUAAGUUAUAGCAGAAAAACUAGUUUUUUCGGAUUCAAAUUAUGAAUCGAUAUAGCGUUAAAUUAGUUUAAUACUUGGAAAAAUAUAGCAAAAUUAAUAGAGAGAAUUAUUAGAUGCAUUUAUUGAGCAGAUCUUUUCAGUCGAUUCAGUGUUGAAAGUUAGAAAUAUUUAGCUUUUUGAUUUUGUAUUAAACAAAAUGUCAGAGAUAUAAAUGAUAUUGCCUUAUGAUUAGCUAUUUGAGAGGAUAAGAGGUCGUAAAGAAUUUGAGAUUUUAAUUAUUUACAUCAAAUACGUGCUUAGAUGUAAAUCUCAAAUUGAGGAGUAAAAUAUAAGCUACCAUAAAAGCGUGGAUUAAUUUUUAAAGGAAAAAUUAUUUAAGUUUAUCAACAUUUCAGAUUAAACUUACUUGUGGAGAACAUAAUUCAUAUAAAAAUUUGCCUACGUUAAAGAAGUGACUUUGUUAAAUUAAAAUUACAAGCAUCCUAAUAAAAAGAUUAUGGAGUUGGAUAUGCAAGAGUACAACUAUGCAGAAAAUAUUUACAGGAUAACUUUGAUAUAUGAAUUUUUAAUAAAAAAUAAGAAAAUGUUUCCAUUUUUAGAUUUUAGUGAGAUAAUGAUGUAUUGGAUUUUGAGCAUAAAGGGAUAAAAUGAUAAAGAAAUUCAUUUACUUUGUCAGAUGAUUUAGGAAUUCCAUAACAUUUGCUUUCAUAAUUUAAAUUAAAUGCUUAAACCCUUUUCAAUAUUUUUUGAUUUUCUCAAGUAUGAAUACAAGGAUGAUGAGUAUUUUGAUCCUAAAAAGAGUUUAAAGUAUUUUAUAAUGUCUUUCAAGUAACAACAACUAGCUACAUUAACUGAAUAAACUCUUUGGAGAGGAAUCGAUUACAUAAAUCCUGAUGCAUGGCAUUAUACCUUUAAAAAUUUAAUUAUGAUGACUACAGAUCUUAAAGUUUCAACAAUACUUUUGGCUUUAUCUUAGUUCAUGAUUCACCAAAAAAUAUUUGGUCCUUUAUAAAGAAUACUUGAUAGCUUUACUGCUGGCUUUUAUACAUACCUUAAAUUCUAAGCAGUUAGUGCAGGAGCUGUUUAGUUACUUAAAUUAUUUAUCAUUGGUUCAAGUUGUGCAUAAAAAGUUUACUUAAAACAUUCAGUAAAAAUUUAGCAAGCCUUAUAAGACAAUAGUAUAUAAAUCGAAAUAAAAACAAUUUUGUGUUAGAUUGCAUAAUGCUUAAUAAAGAAAUACUAAGAUUCAACUGAUACUAAUGCUCUCAGUUCUGUUGUAUAGUAAUUUUAUGAAAAUAACUAAAUUCAAUCAUAGCAGUUUACACCUGAAUAAAUAGAUCAAAUGAUAUCUCAAUUAAAUUGGUUGAACUUUUAGGGAUAAUAAAAUGAUUAAGCAUAAAGUAAUAAUUAAGCUAUAUCUCAAAAUGUGCAGAACCCAUUAUUUUAAAUUCAAACUUCAAAUAAGUGUCUUAGAGGGCUUUUGAAUUUGGGAAAUACAUGCUACAUGAAUAGUUAUUUAUAGGCUUUGUACAUGACUAAGGAGUUCAGAUAUAGGGUUUUCAAAAUUAAUUUAGCUGAAGUUAUGCAUGGUGGAUCAAAAUAAUCUAUUUAAAGUAAUACGUAGUAAGAUUCAAAAAUGGAAAUAGAUGAAUAAUAAGUACAAAAAAGCGAUAGUAGCAUGCAAGAAGAGAUUAACGAUAAAUCUGCUACUGAAAAUGAAAAAAAGAAAGCAAAUAUUGCUUUAAUAGAAAAAUAAACAAAAAUUAUAAAAUUUGGAACGGUAUUUUAGCUAUAAAAGCUAUUUUCCCUUCUAUUUAAAAGUAAGAGAACCUACAUUAAUCCAGCUUUUUUCAAAGGUAUUUUGCCCGAAUUUUUUAGGUUUUCAUAUGCUCAGUAAGAUGCAUCAGAGUUUGGCAGAAUUUUCCUUGAUUAAUUGGAAAGGUCAGUUUAAAACACAAAUGAUAAUAAAUUACUAGAUGACUAUUUUAUAGGAUAAUACGAUCACACAAUUACAUGUCUAAAAUGCAAAAAUUAAUUUAUUAGCAAAGAAAAAUUCCUUGAUGUUUCAUUAAAUUUUUCCGAAAAUCAAGAUAGCACAGUAACCUUUAAUGGUUUGUUGUAACAUAACUUUAAGCCUGAGGUCUUUGAAGGUGAUAAUAAAUAUGAUUGCUCAAUUUGCAAUGAAAAAAACGAUGCCCAGAAAGACACAUAAAUAAGCUAUUUACCUAACUAUGUGAUUCUUACCUUAAAUAGAUUUUAAUAUGAUUUGAAAACAUUCAAAAAGAUAAAAUUACUUUAAUAAAUCGAUAUUCCAGAAGAAAUAGACCUUUCAUAUUAUUAAAAAAAUGUCUCUCAAGCACAAUCCUCUUUUAAUUGCUUAGAUUAAGAUUUAUCCCCAAUUUCUUAAACAAUAGAUGAAAAGAAAAUGGUUUGUGAAAACUAGGAAAAUUCUGGAUAAGAAAUGGGGAACCAAUAUUAAAAUGAUAAAUAAAUGAUUGAAGAGCCGCAAUAAUAAGAAAGCCAAAAAAUAAAUAAAAACAUCUACUAGCUGUAUUCAAUAGUUGUCCAUAGAGGUUCAACUGCUGAAUCAGGUCAUUACUUUACAUAUUCGAGGGAAAGUUCUGAUGAAAAUUGCAAAUGGAUCUUGUUUGAUGAUUCAAACAUUUCAUUUGAAGAUAGUCUAUAAAAUGUACUAGGAACUUUUACUACUUAAAGUACAAACACACCUUACUUGUUAUUUUAUUAAAAUAAAUAUCAUGCUUCAAAAUACUAAGCAAAUUUAAAUGAAAACGCUUACAAGCUAAGUGAUAAAUUAAUGUUUUCGAUUGAAAACGAUGAUAGACAAUUUAUGAAAGAAAUGGAAAACUAAAACAAGGCUUUCUCUUUACUAAAUACAUUAAAAAUUAACCAUUAACAAAAUUAACAGAAUUCAUAGAUUUAUCCUUUUAGGAAAGAUGAUGAAGAUGAUAGCGAAGGAGGAAAUAAUUAUUAAGGAGGAGGAUAACUUGGAUUUGGUGGAAUGGGAAAUAAUGCAAUUUUUUGA